AUGGUCCAGAAACAGCCUUCAAGCCUCUCCUCUAGGUCCAGGGAACCCAGCCCCUUUCUCCCCUCAUGUGUCCCCCACCUGGACAAGCAUGACCUGCUGGGGGUACCCGUUCCCAGUCUGCCUUCCCCAAAGCUGCCACCAGAGGGCGCCCGUGAGCACCUGAGUCCAACCCCUCCUCUGCCCACAGCUCCCCCAAGGCUCCCCACUUCCCUGGGGUCAAGGAUCUCACAGCCCUCUUUCUUGGCUGAAGCCGUGGAGUUCAAACCAUACCCCCUGAACUGCCUACCUCCCCCAGGCUUCCUCUCCCCGUUGCACACGUCUCUGUACUCUGUUUUCUGCUCCCCAAAACCAAAGCCCCCGAUGCAGGGACCCAGACACAAAGGCACUGAGAACGGUGUGGACAGGCAGAAGCCAAUAGGGACAGGCCCCAGAUCACGGGUCCCCCUAGUGGAGCCCAGGAAGCAGGCGAUCCCCUCGGGAGCUCCCAGGCCCAGAGCAGGGAGCCCAAUGCUGGAACCCCAGUGUGGAGCUGCACCAGGUACCCCGAUGACUGGCCAAGGCCUCCCCAAAGCCUGGGCUGGGGCUGUGGCUGGCCAGUGGGCUUGA